AACCCGCCCCUGGAGCGAGGGGUGUAGUAUAGUAGUAUUACGUAAACGGCGAAGUGUUACAAAAAGGUUCGCCAAAAACCGACAACUCACAGUGAGAAAGUGAGAAAAACGAUGCAUCCCAGGACCAAAACCCCGGGAUGGCGAAUGGCGCACAGUUUUACGACCCAUCGCCCCAUCAUGGUUGAUAGUCUUUUUUUCUGCUGCUGAUUAAACCCAUAUCCUACCGGCGUCCCGGUACUCUUGACUCUUGUCCGUCCGUCACGCAGCAUCGACAGCACAAUUCGAUGAUGGUAAUUAUUAUGAUGUUACCUGUUGCAUUUAUCGCCCGUUCAGUUCUGAACUGAACGUACGUCCUGUCCCGCAUCCGACGCAAUCCCGGUCCACCACGUUAUCCUUAGCGGAGGUCAACUAAACGUCAGCAGAAAAUGGUUCGUGCUCGUGCUCGGUACGGGCGGUUUUUCGGGUGGAUCGCACGCGGUACACUGGGGCAGCAAACAAGCGCGCCAACGGACGCACGUGCGCAUGCGUGACGCGCGAAGGCGGCACGCAGGAUACCGAAACCAGGGACCGAGAACCGUUCGUUCGGCACACAGCCCUGGUGGUAGGGUAGGGACGUCGUUUACCCGCCGGGCUCCAGCAGCAGCAUGUACGAGUUCCAGCGCUGGCUGUAUCGCGCGCGGACGUCAGUCUUGGCGGUGAACUGUUGCGAACAACUGGCAUCCUGUUCUACUGCUGCCCGCCAAUCAAUCUCUACAGCGCCCCGCAAAAACCCGGUCAUGUGCUGUGCUUGACGUGCUGUUUUGGGGGGGUGGGUUUCCCGGUUUGCCCGGUUUGCACUAGGAGCCUGAACAACGGUUUGCCGAUAUACAGCCACCACGCAUCUGGUUCACCUGCCGAGACGAAGCUCUAUCCGUUACGCGUUCGCGAAUGUUGUUUAAAGCUCGCGGUGUGUUGUUUUGUGUGUGUGUUUUUAAGCCGGUACGAAACGGAAACCAAAACAAGCAGGUUCGCGAUACGCGUACACUAGGUUGCCGGCUUACCACGUGAGGUGCGUACACCUGUAGCAGCAGUUCACGCGUUGCCUUGCGUAGGAACUGGAGAGGGUUCCAGAGUUCCUCACUAGCUAGUGUCCGCUAACGUCCAGGUGCGAUAAACCUCGAAAACCUCUCCUGCACACCCAACAACGUCCAUCAACCCUAAGGUCACAAGAAGUUACCUCAGCUGAUCCAGUGUCUUCAGUGGUAGCCAGCUCUCAAGACUCUUCUGGCCAUCGGCUCUAAAAGUUUUCGUACACCUUGCGUUGCUGCGAAAGUGAAAGUUAAAAAGCGUACGAUUUGUCCUUCCAAUAUCCCGUCUUCCCCGGUCAGAUCAGAGCAGUACUCCGUGUACGUAGGUUGAGGUGCUCAGUUAGCGCCAUACAAACCAUGGCAUCAGAAUCCAUUGGCGUGAAACCCUAGCCAACAGGGAGCUCAACAGAUGGUGUAGACCAGCGUAGCAACAGCGUUUACUCCAUAUGCCAUUUAUUUUGUUGGAACGAGUUUCCCGAGCUUGUUUACUACGCAUAUCGCGAGUCCAAGUCACGUUUGGGACGGCCGCCCAAAACAAAGUUCGAACCUAAUUAGACUACCGGGUACGGAGCAUGUAGGGAUGCGAUGUGUGUGCCUGCAAUGAGUUUGGAUUAGGAUGUAGCAGCUGAGCAGCUCGCUUGCACGUUUUAAGAUACUGACAGUUUUACCAUUGCCUUGGUGUGUGACGCACCAGCGUCAUCAGGACGCGUUCCAUAAGCCCCCGGUGUUUUGGAACACGGAGGCGAGAUAUAUAGCACGCCUGUAUGUGUAGAGUGAGAGGAUAGACUAACAUGUUUAUAACGUCUCACCUGGUGGUGAUAGGUGAUCCAGGACCGACCGCCACGUCCAACCAACCUAACCUACCUAGCUAUACCGGCACCCCACUCUAUCACUGUGUGAGUACUCUUCUCCGUGAGGCUUAGGCCUAAGUGAGUGAGGGCUACCGGUCAGUCCGGACGUGCGUCUUCUCGGGCAAACCAAGUAAACGUGCGUGGAAAAGCCCACACCUAGGUACCGAAAUAUAACACCGAAAGCCACACAUAUACACCGCGACAAACCUUCCCCACACACACACAAACACACACAUAUCAGUUUUGGAAGAUUUGGUGGUCCGUGUUUGUCUACCGGGUGUACGAACACCUACCCAAAGGAAGAAGAAAUAGCCGAUUAUAGUAUUUCGAAGCGACGCACACGCACGCGAUACAACUUUGUGUAACCUGUAAAGUACCUCCAAUCAAACGCAUCCUUACCACCGAUCACACCAGUCAUCUGUUGUGGAAGCUGGAAGCCGGAAGGAGUGUUUUUGUUUGCGGACCCAGUAUAUGCAACCAGUUUGUGGAAGUGGUCCGAGUGUGCCGACGUGCAGAUUUCAUCAGCAAUCAUCAGCUAGAAGCAACCGGUAGCAAUCUGUCAAUCUAAUCCACGGGAACGCGGCCUGCCAUCACUAAUCUGUCACCGCUAAAGGUUGAAUAGGAGCGCGAAAGAGAGGGAGAGACAAGCAGCAGCAGCAAAAGCGCGCUGGGAAGCUCGGCAGGAGGGCACCAAUCACCGGGAUCACACCAGAAGGCUAGCGCGAACCAUCGAAGCCCUGUCCCCGACCCCCUUCCCUUACCUGCCCCGACCGAAGCAAGAGAUGAACAGUCGCGUCUACCGUCCAGCCCGGCUGCACCAGGACGACCGCCAUCCGUAUCAUCAACAUCCGCGUCAUACCAGCAGCCAGAACUGUUCGCAAUGGUACCGUUCCAGCUGGAAAUACUUGCCGUCGUUGCCGUGCUAAUCGGUAUCGUCGUCAACUCCUACAUUGUCGUUAUCGUUAUACUCACAAAACAGAUCACAUUCGCCAGCAAAAUUUUGCUGCUGCAUCUUGGCGUCGUAAACGCGGUACUAUGUCUGUUCUAUCUGCUCUUCUACGCCGCGAGCCUGUUCCGGCUGCUGCCGGUCGCGCUGGACGCAAUGGACGUCGCCUGUCUACUGUUCGGGCUCUGCUUCAACACGCUGCACUCGAUCGCGCUCUGGACACUGUGUGCCCUCAACUUCGAUCGAUACUUUGCCAUCGCGACACCGCUCCACUACGGCACAUUCAUCAACACCAAGAAGCAGGUCCUGAUAACGCUCGGUGCUGGUUGGAUCGUGUCAACACUGUUCAGCUUACCGCAAGCCGUACGCAUCUCGGCCUAUAAGUUCGACAGCGAUUACGAGCUGUGCCUGCCAAACCUGCAGACGACGGAAUCGCUCAUCUACAGCAUCAGCUUCGUCCUGUUCACCAUCCUGUUACCGAUCGUGCUGAUACUGGGCUGUAACCUGAAGGUCCUGAUGAUUGCACGCUAUCAGCGCAAUCGUAUCGCGUCCGCCAUCCUGGAGGUGACACUGUCCGCCCAGCUGACCAUCACCCAUCAGCGGAAUCCGUUCUUUGUGCCGAAUGCCGGUGCAGGUCCGGCCGGUUCCGGACCUGCCGCCGACUGCAAACCGUACACGCAAGCCUCGAACCAAAACAAUCCGGCCGCGAACGUGAUCCAACUCGUCGGGUCGGCCAUACUGUUCCACUGUCCGUACUACUUCGUGAUCCUGUGGAACAGUGUGCUACCGUUUGUAGCGAACGGUUGGCGCACACCGGCCCUGCUGCUCAAUUUGGCCUCGUUUCUGCUGCUGCUGUCGCCCACCAUUAACGCGAUUCUGUACGGCGUGCGGAGCAAAAUAGUGCGUCGCUCGUUCCGGAAUAUCUGGCGCAAGCAGAAGCAGAAGAUUGAGAUACACUACGAGAUACAGGCGCGGACACCGUCGACUUGUGGGUCGCGCCGUCCUUCGCUCAGUGGUACCCAGUUUCAGCAGCAGCAACUACAGCAGCAACAACAACCACUGCUGCUAGCGUUCGCUGCUGAAGCUAGCAGGCCUAGUUCGGCUAGUGGUGCUACCGCUCCGGAUACACGCUCGGAGAUUGGACUAGACCCGGACGGAUCGGCGCACGAUGCGACGCUUCAGUCACCGUUAGGGCGGGUAAAGUUUGGUAGCUGUUCCGCGCUGAGCGGACCCCUGUUUGUAUGCAAUCCACCGCAGCACACGCUGCAUCAUCCUUCAUCGCAUCAUCAUCAUCACGGUGCCGGACCGCGGCCCAAGAUUACCAUCACGAAGAUACUCACCGACGACGAUGACGAUACGGUGGCGGCGUCCAUCCGCUCACCACCACCACCACCAUCACCAGCCUCCCCGCUUUCGCCAUCCGUGUCCAUGUACGAGCAUCAUGGGUUUGACUUCAUAGCGGCCGCCGCCGUCGAUGGUGGGCGGCUGCCGGCGGCACUCGUCGCCACGAUACCACCGAUCUGCACCACAGACAAUCUCAGCGUCGCUGGACAAUCAGGUGCCAAGCUGCACCCUGCUGCACCCCUGUCGGCCGGCCCCAGCUGCCUUGAGCCGAAGAUAUCGUUUAGAAAGUUUUCCUCGCUGCAGGAAAUCUUAGGCAACGGGACUGACUAAAACCUUGGCCGCAAAAAGGAUAUACCUAUACACCUAGACACAUAUACAUAUACAUAUAUGAAUAUACAUAUAUAUAUAUAUAUAUAUUUAACGUACCAUUAGAUGUGCAAGCAAAGGUUUACACUGCUAAGCAUACUCGUGUUUACUCUCUCUCUCUCUCUUUCUCGCUCUCGCUCCCCCGUUUCCGGUCCGGCCCUAUCAACCCACAAACCCUUCCUGCAUGUAUCACGUAUCCAGUGAUGGGACGGACAGGGAUUUUCUGUGGGGACAGGAGGAGGAGUGUGAGAGAGGGGCUUGAAGAGCGAGGAUCGUUGUAAACCGGGUAAACGUGUAGCGAAUUUAGUUGUGCGAAAGGUGAUUUCGAAUGCUUCUUCCCAGUAGCAGCAGCAGCAGCAGCAGCAGAAAAACGAAAACAGAAGCACAAUCGUAAGAAGAAAAGAGAGAAGAAAUGAAAAACAAUAUCUAAAUCGUAAAAGAAGAAGCAAAAAGGGUGUAAAACACAUUAGAGAAAUUAUUUAAGAGGUAAAACAAAGCGAGAGAAGAAGUGAAAAAAAAAUCGCACGUCGACGUAGUAAUCAGCAGCUCCUAAAGCCACUCCCCGAAGAGGACGAAGAAGCAAAAAAAAGACACCUGUAAGUGAUGCAAUCGAAGGAAUUUAAACCAAAAAAAAAUGAAAACCCACCACCACCCACCCACACGUGGUAACGAAACAAAAAAAAAAUUAGGAAUAAAAAUGUAUUACAUUUUGCACGUACAAAUCAUGUUUGAGAGACUUAGUGCAAGCAAAACAAGCAACAAAAAAAAAAUAAAUUGAAAAAAAAAAUGAAAAACACUGUAGAACAAAAAGUGCAAACACCUUUCCUGGAAACGAAAACGAAACCAAAAAAUAUAUCAAUAUAGAGAAGAAAAAAACGAAAGCAAGAGAAGAAAAAAACAAGGUAAACUAGACAACUAAACAAGUAAAUGACAGCACUAGCUAAUGGAUAGGUCACCCGAAGAAGAAAUAUGAAAAUUCUAAGCCCAAACAUUGAAGCUCAAACGCGACUCUUACAGUGUUCCCUUAGGUCAUACAGCAAGUGUCCACGUGUUUAUAGCAAUGGGCAGUUCGAGAUACAACACUGAUCAGACGUUGAUUGCUUUGUGUGUUUGAGUUAUGUCUGCAUCGUUUAUUGUUUUAAACAUAUAGACACUUGUGUCAUAUGACCCUGACAAACACUGGUCACGGCAGGUAAAGCAGUAGGAUCUCACCAGUCAUGUCCCCAAAUGCCACGUUACAGUAGUAGCUUUAGAAGGUGGUAAGAGAAGAAGAAACUGAAGAAGCAAGAGAAAACGAGUUGAACUAAUGGGCUAACGGUGGGGUGACACGAACGGGGAAGAUGGCCCGCCAUGUCUGUCUGUCACUGAUGCAACUUUUGCUCCAUAUGAUGUAGCAGAAACGUCCGCCGUUACCACACUACGGAAUAAACUAAAAGGAAAUGUUUUUUGUGUUAGCUCA